AUGAGAUCUGUGUUGUUGGCCCUCUGUUUCAUCUGCUCAUUGCCAGCAGUCUUUUCUGCUACUUCUACAGACACAGCGUCCGCUGCAUUUUACUCCAGCUCUAGUAGUUGUGAUUCUCAACAAUGUUUGGACGCUGUCAAUGCUCAGCAACAGUGUACACCUGAAGGUAGCGAUAAUUCUGAGUCAGUAGAACCGCAAGUAAUUGCCUGUUUAUGUCUUUUGGGUGUUGAAGAAUAUUGGGAUAAGCUUGCAGCCUGUACUUGUGAUAGCGAAGGAGAACCAAAGAGUGGGCAAGAAUUAAAAGUCUUUUAUUGCAAUGAACUGGAAGCUUCUGGCCUUGCCUCUGCUACUCAUCCUUCUGAUCCAAUUUCAAGUACAGAGUCUUUUCUCAACAGCGAGCCUACUGAUGGGACCUUGGUUGGGCUAAUAGCUCAUGCUGACAGUGCUCUAACUAAUACGGGAACUUUGACAUUGACUGAAUUACCAUUGGAAAGUAUUUUGAUUGAAUUGCCUCAAACAGAUCCAUCGAGCUCUAUGGAUGCCUCUUCAGUUAUAGAGUUGGUUCAUUUGUCGUCUUUGCCGGCUUCAUCUAUCACGUCUAGGUCUGAACAUACGUCUUCUUCCACCCCUACCAGAUCUAGUUCUGAGCAUACGUCCUCGACAUCCGUCACAGCAUUUAGUAGCGAAACGACUAGCUCUACUACCAGUGGUAAUAAAGGAAGCAGAUUAGUAGUAGCUUCUCCCAUUUGUAUCUUAGCACUACUUUUCAUGUAA